AUGAGCGAACUGAACCAAAUUGACGGCUUGUCGGAGUGCAUUGAGCGGGCUGUACGGGAACAUCUCGAGAAGUUGGAUGUUAAAUGGCCAUUCGCAGACAAUCUUAAUCGUCCAAUACUCCGCAUUGAAGCUUUCUUGGAAGAUGGAGUCCAAGGAGCCGCAGACAAAAGUCUUUCUGAAAAAGUCGCUUCAGUAGGCCCUUUGCUCAAUCAUAACGAAAGGUCGCAACAAAAUAUAUCCGAGUCAAUGAGAGACGAAAGGCCACCAGAACAAUCGCAUAGAAACGAGGAUGAAGUAGACGGGCGGACUCGGAAAGGGAUAGGAGGGCUACGCAUCUCACAAACAAACGCAAUCCAAGAAGACCACAGUGAGCAUCAGAGGAGCAUGCAAAGCGACAGCCGAAAUUUCCCUAAGCGCAGGAAGGUUAUUUCUGAGAAAUUCGUUUUUCAGCCUUCGACAUUAGACAAAUUGAUUAGUGGUAUUUGGGAACAGCAAUUCCAGAUUGCUCCAGCAACCGCCGCUACAGAUUCUCUCCAACCACGGGCGGAUAUCGCCAUCAUGCCAAGUUCCAGUGACUCCAUUGGCAAACUAGAUGAUUCUUUUAGCAGGAUGAAUGUCUUUUGUCGUAAGGUUACUCAAGCAAGUCGCGUCUGCCGGUCUAUCGAAAUUAUUGUACAGGCACGUUGGGUCGAGAUCUUUGAUGAACAAGUAACUCGUCGAAUCGCUCAUCAUCCGGAAUACUCAGCUACAAAACAUCGCAAAGCAGCGUUGAUGGAAGCGUGCCAAGAUUUCAGUUGGUCAGAAAAAGAGCUCAGAAACAAGAUGGCAAUCUGGCGAGGGUAUAAAGAGGUCAAAGAUGCUGCAGGAUGGGCAGCCUUGAUAUUUGCAGGGAUGGGUAUCUAUCGUUUCUGCAAGUAUCGUGUAGGGUUUGAUGAAGUUGCCAUGCGACGAUUACAGAAUCUGCGCCCUAGGUUGGAGGUGGCAGCGGACACUCUUCACCCCAACUGGCGACAGAUUUUGUCCAUUGUCGGAGAAUCAUCUAGACUUCAGUAUACCGGCCACGCCCAUGACUGGGUCGUCUUUGAAGACGGCUCAGAACCUGUACCACUUCGAAAGACAUACCUACAGUAUGAUCCUUAUUUCGCAUUCGAACAUGUUGAUGACUCAAUCAUCGACGAAGGCGCCUGGGGUUGUGAAGACCCACGCUGGAUACCUCAAUCGAACGCUGUGGCGCGUGUCUCCGAGUCCUUUAUAUGUGCUGCCUGUGGUGAGCAGCAGUCAGACGAUCCGAAGGCGAACUCGUGUUACUGCUUUCCCGCUCUGUUUGGGUGCGUUCGUAGAAGCCUACCGGCUGUGCAAGUUUUCCGUACUGCUGACGGUCGUAACAAUGGCCUACAAGCUCUGGUCUCCUUUGAGCGCGGAGCGGCAGUAGGAGAGUUUGUUGGAUUAGUGACCAAAGGUGUCAGGCAUCUCGAUGUUAUGGAUGGCUCAACACCCUCCGCAAGCUAUCAAAUCUGGCAAGGAAGACAAGGAAAUUAUACCCGAUUUGUGAAUCACAGUUGCAAAGCAAACGCCCAAUUCUCACAAUUCAAUUGGCUCGAUACGCAGCGGAUAGUUCUGGUUAGCAAAGGUAUCGAAGCAGGGGCUGAAGUGACAGUCGAUUAUUCCGACAGAUAUUGGAGCGGACUCGACAAAACGUGUUUGUGCGGAGAAACAUGUUGCAGAUACAAUAGAAGAAAAGGUAGCACUGCAGUUGAAAAACGUGCAUCCUAUGAAUCCAGUUCAUCAGACGAGGAGAUCCUGGAACAUCAGGACGGAUCACGAAAACGAAGGAAACUGUCCCCUGUGACGACUAUUCCCGUCUCCACCAUCUCAAGAAUCAAGCAAAAGGAUUCCACUGCCUCUAGUGCAAAACAAGAGAUCGUCAAGGAAAAUGUCGACAAAAACACUACGUUUGCCUCCAUGGAUGUCUCCGUUUGGCUCAUUGCCUCCCUAGCUUCUAUGGAGAUCAAGCACCCCACGGGAAUUCAGAAACAGACCAUACCUGAAAUCCUUAAAGGAAGAGACUGUAUUGGUGGUUCAAGAACAGGUACCGGAAAGACUGUAGCCUUUGCCGUUCCAAUCUUGCAGAAAUGGGCAGAAGACCCUAUGGGCAUUUUCGCUGUUGUCCUCACUCCUACUAGGGAGCUUGCCAUACAAUUGUACGAACAGUUUGCUGCUAUCGGAGCUAGAGCUUCACUCAAACCUUUACUCAUUACAGGCGGCGCGGAUCAGCGAGAUCAAGCACUCAAACUCGCCUCUAAACCUCACGUUGUUAUUUCCACUCCCGGACGCCUUGCAGAGCACGUGAGAUUGUCCGGCGAAGACACGAUAAGCGGGUUGCGCCGCGUCAGAUUCGUUGUACUUGAUGAAGCGGAUCGAUUGCUAUCCCCAGGAAAGGGGAGCAUGCUUCCCGAUCUACAAACAUGUCUUUCGGUCAUGCCACCACCCGCAAAGCGACAAACUCUCCUCUUUACCGCGACUAUGACUCCCGAAGUCAUGGCUUUGAAAGACCAGCCCCGUCCCGGCCGUCCACCGAUCUUCAUUUGCGAAGUCGAUACAGACAAAAUCGCCAUUCCACCCAAACUACAGCAAAAAUACAUCCAGGCACCUGUUACUCACAAGGAAUGCUAUCUGCACGUUCUAUUGAGCACGCCAGAGAACAUCAAGAAAUCGGUGAUCAUUUUUUGCAACCGCACCGACACCGCCAACCUUCUGGAAUAUAUGCUGCGCUCACUAGAGCACCGUGUCACCGCAUUACAUUCUGGACUUCGACAACCUGAGCGUGUCUCAAACUUGGCCCGAUUCCGCGCUCAGGCCGCUAGAAUUCUUGUGGCAACGGACGUAGCAGCCCGUGGGUUGGACAUACCUGAGGUGGCUUUAGUUAUUAAUUACGACGUACCGCGAGAUCCUGACGACUACAUCCACAGAGUUGGUCGUACGGCUCGUGCUGGAAGAGUUGGUCACAGUGUUACACUUGUGGGACAGAGAGAUGUUGAUCUUGUUCAUGCCAUCGAAGGGAGGGUAGGAAGGCCAAUGGAGGAAUACGAAGAAGAAGGCGUCAACAUUGAGACUAGGGUGGUGAGAGAUGCCUUAAAGCCGGUGACCGAAAAGAAGAGAGAGGCAUUGUUGCAAAUUGAGGAGGGUAGAGACGUUCGUGGCAACCGCAGAACAGGCAUGCAAAGCAAGAAGAGGAGGUCGUAGUUCCAGCUGCCAGAUUGGUCUCACUGUAGAUGAUGUAGGACUCAGAACUGAACUAGACAGAUGUGUAAUUGAAAGCUAC